CCCCCACCCCCCCCCCCCCCCACCCCCCCCCCCCCCCACCCCCCCCCCCCCCCACCCCCCCCCCCCCCCACCCCCCCCCCCCCCCACCCCCCCCCCCCCCCACCCCCCCCCCCCCCCACCCCCCCCCCCCCCCACCCCCCCCCCCCCCCACCCCCCCCCCCCCCCACCCCCCCCCCCCCCCACCCCCCCCCCCCCCCACCCCCCCCCCCCCCCACCCCCCCCCCCCCCCACCCCCCCCCCCCCCCACCCCCCCCCCCCCCCACCCCCCCCCCCCCCCACCCCCCCCCCCCCCCACCCCCCCCCCCCCCCACCCCCCCCCCCCCCCACCCCCCCCCCCCCCCACCCCCCCCCCCCCCCACCCCCCCCCCCCCCCACCCCCCCCCCCCCCCACCCCCCCCCCCCCCCACCCCCCCCCCCCCCCACCCCCCCCCCCCCCCACCCCCCCCCCCCCCCACCCCCCCCCCCCCCCACCCCCCCCCCCCCCCACCCCCCCCCCCCCCCACCCCCCCCCCCCCCCACCCCCCCCCCCCCCCACCCCCCCCCCCCCCCACCCCCCCCCCCCCCCACCCCCCCCCCCCCCCACCCCCCCCCCCCCCCACCCCCCCCCCCCCCCACCCCCCCCCCCCCCCACCCCCCCCCCCCCCCACCCCCCCCCCCCCCCACCCCCCCCCCCCCCCACCCCCCCCCCCCCCCACCCCCCCCCCCCCCCACCCCCCCCCCCCCCCACCCCCCCCCCCCCCCACCCCCCCCCCCCCCCACCCCCCCCCCCCCCCACCCCCCCCCCCCCCCACCCCCCCCCCCCCCCACCCCCCCCCCCCCCCACCCCCCCCCCCCCCCACCCCCCCCCCCCCCCACCCCCCCCCCCCCCCACCCCCCCCCCCCCCCACCCCCCCCCCCCCCCACCCCCCCCCCCCCCCACCCCCCCCCCCCCCCACCCCCCCCCCCCCCCACCCCCCCCCCCCCCCACCCCCCCCCCCCCCCACCCCCCCCCCCCCCCACCCCCCCCCCCCCCCACCCCCCCCCCCCCCCACCCCCCCCCCCCCCCACCCCCCCCCCCCCCCACCCCCCCCCCCCCCCACCCCCCCCCCCCCCCACCCCCCCCCCCCCCCACCCCCCCACCCCCCCCCCCCCCCACCCCCCCCCCCCCCCACCCCCCCCCCCCCCCACCCCCCCCCCCCCCCACCCCCCCCCCCCCCCACCCCCCCCCCCCCCCACCCCCCCCCCCCCCCACCCCCCCCCCCCCCCACCCCCCCCCCCCCCCACCCCCCCCCCCCCCCACCCCCCCCCCCCCCCACCCCCCCCCCCCCCCACCCCCCCCCCCCCCCACCCCCCCCCCCCCCCACCCCCCCCCCCCCCCACCCCCCCCCCCCCCCACCCCCCCCCCCCCCCACCCCCCCCCCCCCCCACCCCCCCCCCCCCCCACCCCCCCCCCCCCCCACCCCCCCCCCCCCCCACCCCCCCCCCCCCCCACCCCCCCCCCCCCCCACCCCCCCCCCCCCCCACCCCCCCCCCCCCCCACCCCCCCCCCCCCCCACCCCCCCCCCCCCCCACCCCCCCCCCCCCCCACCCCCCCCCCCCCCCACCCCCCCCCCCCCCCACCCCCCCACUGGGGGCCCAUUGAGACAAAUAUCGGGGUUGCACCCAUUUUCCAGCAGCCCAUUUGUGUCUCUGCAGCACAACUGCCAGAUGGGCCAAGGGGAGCCUCUUGGGGUGCUGAUGAAGAUUUCAAGUGCAGAGAGAUUUGCACAGGCUAUCCGGGUGCUUCCAAAAAACCCUCCUCAUACCUGCUCAACCUGGCACCAAGAUCUUGGAUUUGUGCUGCCCAUUUCUCAUUGCGCAGCAAAGAUUGCGCUGAGUGUGAGACCUCUCUUUGGGGUGAGAGGCUACCAAAGGAACGAGGCCUGCGUGCACCAGGCUGAGACGUUCACUGCCCCUAAUCUGAGGAAGCACGGCUGA